GGAGUCGGGGCUCCUCAGGUGUUCGGCUCCAGUCAUGGCCGGGAGCUCAGAGAAAGUACCGAUCGCCUCAGCGGGACCGGAGGACCUGCAGCAGUUCAUGCCUCCGGCCUACUCCGCCGUGGCGGUGAAGCCCGCCGCCACCGGCCGCCUCCUGAAGGCCGGGAUCGCGGUGCUCAUCGCCGGAACCCUGCUGCUUCUGCUGGGGGCAGUUGGAGCUUUUUACUUCUGGAACAACAAUGAAAAACACGUCUACAAUGUCCACUACAGCAUGAGCAUCAAUGGCAAAGUGGAGGAGGGGUCCAUGGAAAUCGACACGGCCAACAACAUGGAGAGAUUCAGCACCAGCAGCGGGGCGGAGGAGGCCGUGGAGGUCCAUGACUUUGAGAUUGGCAUCACAGGGAUUCGCUUCUCAGGCGGAGAGAAGUGCUACAUCAAGACCCAGGUGAAGGCUCGUCUGCCUGACGUGGAGACCCUCAACAAGGAAACCAUGACGUUCAACCUGGAGGACGAGGUGAUGCCGGCCAAGUUUGAGGACGAUCUGAUUUGGGUGGCGGCCGACACGCCCCUCUCUGACUCCGCCUUCCUCAGCAACAAGAUCAAGGACCUGUGCGGAGACCUGCCCAUCUUCUGGCUCCGCCCCACCUACUCGACCAGCGGACAGAGGAAGAGGAGAGCCGCCCUGCGCCAGCGCCGCCAGACAGCCGGGGCCACGGCGGAUAAGGAGGAGGACGUGGAGGCAGAGUUAAACCCAGAGAACCCCUACCAGAGAGGUCUGGAGGGCGAGCAGGGCAACAUGAACAUCGACCCCAUGCUGGACCACCAGGGCGUGUGCUGCGCCGAGUGCCGCCGAGGCUACACCCACUGCCAGAGGAUCUGCGAGCCGCUCGGAGGCUACCACCCGUGGCCGUACCACUACCGAGGCUGCCGGGUGGCCUGCAGGGUCAUCAUGCCCUGCAACUGGUGGGUGGCCCGCAUCCUGGGUCUCGUGUAGAUA